AUGCGUUUCUCCACCGGUCUGCUCCUGGCUGCGGCCUCGAGCGUCAUGGGUCAGCGGUUCACCAACUCCAGUAUCCCUGCUACUGAGUCCGCUACCACCACCUCGGAGGUUGCUCCCACCGGCUCUGUUGAGCCUGCUCAGCCCGUCGACCUCGGCGGUGCAACACUCGGACCCGGUGCCUCGUUCGUCACUCGCGCUGAUGGAAGCAUCGCCAUCUCCCUCAUCGCUGGUCCCAAUGGCAUUGCCUCGUUCUCCAUUGGCAUCCCCAACGACGUCUUCUCAAGCUUCUCCGCUGGAGACUUGUUCAUCAUCCUCUUCGAGAUUCUCGUCGAGCUUAUUGAGACCCAGAAGCGUGCUGAGACCGACUGCACUCUUGAUGUCACUUCCGACGGUGUGAGCAUCUUCUCCGAGGGUCUCUCCACCGGAUCUGGCUCCAAGUCUUCUGAUAGCACACCUUCCACUGGCAGCCCCCCCACCCUCGAGUUCGUUCAGUCUUGUGGUGCUUCCUCCUCCAAGCUCGAGGUCUCCAACCUUGCUGCCGGUCCCCCUGGAUCCAGCAACCCUGGCGGCGGUAACGGCGGUGGCGACUCUACUGACACCACUGGCACUGCUGAGCCUACCAACACCAACUCUGAGGGCGCUACCACCAACUCUGAGGGUCAGACCAUCGAGCCUACUGGCACCGAGACUGGCGCUCCUACCAACUCUGAGGGUGCCACCACCAACAGCGAGGGUGAGACCGUCUUCCCUACCGGCACCCAGACUGGCACUGAGACUGAGACUGGCGCUGCUACCAACUCCGAGGGUGCUACCACCAACUCUGAGGGCGAGACCAUCCAGCCCACUGGCACCGAAACCGGCACCGAGACUGGUACUGAGACUGGUACUGAGGCCACUUCUUCUGCUACAUCUGCUCCUGGCUUCCCCGGCUCUAUCCUUGACUUUGCUUUCUUCGGCUGUGUCGGUUCCACCGAGGGCUUCCCUACCUUCGAGCUCCUUCAAUCUUCUGGCUCCAUGGAUCUCAACCUCUGCGCCAGCCUUGCCGAGGGCCGUGCUUACUUUGGUGUCCACGAUGAGGACUGCUAUGCCGGUGACGAGAUCGACGGUGAGAACACCAGCCGUGUCGACUCUGACCAGUGUGACAUCGAGUGCCCCGGUGACGACUCUGAGUUCUGUGGUGGCGAUGCUCCUCUUACUCGCCGCAGCCGCAUCCAGGCCCGCCAGGCCAUCUCCAACACCAUCCGCCUCACUGUCUACGUCGCUGUCAACGGCCCUGAUGUCACCGUCACCGAUGUCCUCACUGCUACCGUCACUGACCAGUCUACCCUGACCACCACCUUCACCACCACCAUCUCUGAUGCCACUGCCACUUCCACUGAGACCGUCACUGCCAUCUACGUCUGCACCAACGGCAAGUGCUACCCCGAGAACGGCAGUGGUUCCAAGGUUGUCUUCAUCUUUGUUGGUUACCCCGGUGAGGACUGCGACGGCGAGAUCGUCUACAUCCCUGAGGCCUGCUCUUGCCAGGGUGGAUCUCAAUACGUCCCCAAGUACUGCUCCAACGGCAGCUGCCACGGUCUUACUGUCUACAAGCCCGAGGAGUGCAAGGACUGGUACAACCACGACAACUUCUUCGUCCCCGCUGACUGUGAGGUCUGCAAGGGCGGUGACAUCGUCUACAAGCCUUGGGAGAACACCUGGGGUACCCCCGCUGAGUGCCACGAGGCUGAGGUCCCCAGCUGCACCAAGGAUACCUGCCCUACCAACGGUGGUGGCUCCAAGGGAGGCAACGGUGGCUCCGGCGGAAACGGCGGAAACGGUGGUAACGGAGGCAACGGUGGUAACGGCGGCUCUGGAGGUAACGGUGGCAGCGGAGGCAACGGUGGAAACGGAGGCAACGGCGGCUCCGGCUCCAACGGUGGCUCUGGUUCUAACGGCGGAUCUGGCUCUGAGGGCAGCUCCGGUUCCGAGGGAUCCGGCUCCAAGGGCAGCUCCGGCUCCGAGGGCUCCGGCUCCAAGGGCGAGAGCGGUUCCACCGUCCCCGUCACCGUCAGCAGCGCUGGCAAGCAGGCCGUCAGCGCCCUUGCUCUCCUCGCUGCUGUUGCCGCUCUUCUCUAA